UCAACAAAUUAAACAAGGACGACAAUUUAAAUACAAAAUUACAAAUUAAAGAGAGUGUACUGAUAUACAGAGAAAUAUGGUAAUUAUUUCACAAAAAUGUGUCAAGAUGGCAGAAUAUUUAACAGUUUAAUAAUAAACCUUAUUGUCCAUGAUGUCAGUGAACUGGAACAGUAAACAUCAGUCGAAGACACAUGUGGAAGUUGAUCAUAAACUGUUUCUAAAAACCUAAUGAUCUCAUGUGCUGCAGGAGGACCAUGAAUGUACACAGUUACUGUGAUCACAUCCCACGAAACACACUGUCUGACACUCCCACCUGCACCUACAGCUCUGUGUGUGUUACUACACUGACUGUUAUGUGUUGGACUCUGACUUCCUCAACAUGGACUUCAUCGAACAUGGUCUCUGCAGCUUGUUACUGAUCCUGCUCUCGAUAAGAGGUCUGACUGAUGGCAGUGACGUCCACCAGACUGACAUACUGUGGAAAGAUGAGGGUGACAGUGCAACGAUGGACUGCAGUCACACAAAGGGCAAUACAUAUCGAGAGAUGUACUGGUACAGACAGCUGCCAGAGGAGGGGAUGAAGCAGAUAGUUUUCACAACUGCAUACAGUGAUCAUCAAUAUGAAAGUGGGUUCAGCGCUGAUAAAUUCCCAGCAACGAAGAAGGAUGCUCAGACUGGAUCUCUGACAGUGGAGAGGCUGCUGUUCAAUGACAGUGGAGUGUAUUUCUGUGCUGUGAGAGAACACAGUGAUACAGGUCUCAUCGAUGGGAAUGAUGUCACUCAGACUCCUCUGCUGUGGAUGAUCGAGGUCUUUAAACUGAAGAACAUGGACAUUAUCAAACAUUGUCUCCUAAUACUUCUGCUCUGGAUUACAGGUCUAACUGCUGCUGAUGAUGUGACCCAGGAUGACAUACUGUGGAAAUACAAGGGGGAAAAUGCAACAAUAACCUGCAGCCACACAAAGGGUCUAGACCAUAUCUACAUGUACUGGUACAGACAGCUGCCAGGAGAAACAAUGAAACAAAUAGUGAGCAUUAUGGCAAACUCCAAUCCUGACUUUCAACCCAACUUCAGCAAGGAAAAAUUCUCAGUCACCAAAACUAAAGCUGAGACUGGAACAUUCACAGUGAAGAAUGUGGAGCCAGGAGAUAAAGGCUUGUAUUUCUGCGCUGUGAGUCAACACAGUGAUACAGACGCAUGAGAGCGCUGAACAAAAACCUCAGUGCACUGCUGGCAUAUCUAUCAGUGAGUGUGUGUAGCAGCUCUACUGUAGGGGGACCUGGAGGACAAUCAGACAACAUGACAUCACACAGCAACACUCACACCUGGAACUCUUCACGUCUCUGUUGUAACGUCACACCUCCCAUCACACACACUGACAGUGACUCUGCUCUCUGAGCUCAUUCAGCUCAGGACACAAUAA